AGCCGCCACCUAUAUAAUUGUCGUGUUAUCGUCUCGACAGCACACGCAGCGGAAGCCUUCGAAGGUGAAGUUACAGCUCCUCAACACCAAUGAUGACGCCUUUAUCUACUCUCAUCUUCCUUCUUUGCGGUGCUGGAGCCCUCUGCGCGCUUCCACAGGACUCAAACAACUUCAUCGAUGCAGUACUCAGUACUCGACUGCCUACUGAAGUUCGAAACCGGAACCUCGAUCCGGCACCGGUACCCAAUUUCGAAGUCAAUGUCAAAAAGACGUUUGUCACGAACCGAAACCUCAAGGCUGACUUUACUUCCGGCAUCGUUUACGGCUUGUCGCUAGUCAGACGUCGUGGCGACUGUGGUGCACCCGCUUGGGAGGCCACGAACACGACGUUCGGUUGCCACGUGUCUCUUGACGGCGUUCGAGUGUCCUAUAAGGUCAAGGCAAAGGGUCACAAGGUCCUUGGUUCAACCAGCUACAGCGUCGACAUGUUCAUUGAGAACACGAACUUCUUCGUGGAGGUCACAAGCGCCCGAUCGGUUCCUGCCAUCUUGAAGACUAUCAGACUGAAUUCACUGGAGCUUAAGAUAAGCGAAAGCACCAAAUUGGGCCUGAACAAGGAGCGCCAGAAGAAGUACUACGACGCGAUCAAGACCCGCGUCCAGGACCAGCUGGCGGCACUACUGCACGGGAGUUUCCGAGACGCACUGAACCAAGCCGUUGCUACCGUCACUCCGCCGUUUCCUUAAUUGACACUGAUGCGAAAAAUAUGCCCCAUGACUUGCGAAUUUGCUCUUUCGGAAUCACUGCAGAGGUCACAAACGUUUGUCGAUUAAGCACGGAUAAACGUGUAUUGAGCCAGGAAAUAAACUGUUGGGGAGAUGCA